UUCCUUAGAAGCUAAAGGCAGUAGUUUAUAAGCGACAGAGGCCCUGUCGUGCUUAGUACAUCUUUCAAACACCAGGCAGCCACAGUGAUGGCAAAAUGCUUAAGAUAAGGACCACUCUUUAAACAAGGACUAAUUUGUGAAGGUCCUCCUUUGUGAUAUUUUUUGCAAACUGGACUCUAAGGAGUUAUAAGCAUAAUACUACGCUUCAAGAUGAGGUGGUUUUCAGUCAUACGGGUCCUUUUGUUUAUCGCCAUGACCUUCACAACGACUCUGGGUCAAGGUGACCCAACAGUCACGACAAACCUUGGACGAAUGUUUGGAAGAGUUCGGAGGUUUGGAAACGAGUUCGUCUACCAAUUUCUAGGCGUAAGGUAUGCCGUGGCACCUAUUGGGCGUCUUCGUUUCAAGAAACCCGUCCCUAGGGGCAGAUGGACAGGAACCCUUGACGCUUCCAGAUUUGGUCCUUCUUGUGCUCAACUGGGUAACACUCAGUUCCUCCCCAACAGGGCGACAACCGAAGACUGCCUCUUGCUGAACAUAUAUGUUCCAAGAACACUUGCCCCUAACGCUACAAAAUCAGUGAUGAUCUGGAUCCACGGAGGUGGCUUCGUCAGUGGGCAAGGUAUGUCGUUUGAUGGCUCCAAUCUUGCUAUCACUGGCGAUGUGAUAGUGGUUACUGUAAACUAUAGACUGGAUGUGUUCGGGUUUCUUAGCACUGGAGACGGUAGCUCCUUGGGGAACUACGGUCUGUGGGAUCAGCAGAUGGCGAUGAGGUUCAUCAGAGACAACAUCGCCGCGUUUGGAGGCAACCCAAACAGUAUGACCAUAUUUGGGGAGUCUGGGGGCGGAUACAGCGUUGGCCUCCACGCCCUGUCCCCCUUGAGCCAGGGUCUCUUCCAGAGGGUUAUAUGUGAGAGUGGGGUCGGCCUCAGCCCAAGAGCCAUAGCCUUCGACCCCGUCAACUUCACCAGGAGGGUCAGCGACAACCUGAGAUGCACGACGUUAAACGGGGACGGCAGUCUCAACACCACCUCCUUCAUGGCGUGUCUCAGGCGGAGGAACACCAACGAGAUCCUCCAGGCUUCAGCUCAAGCCAGACGACCAAGUGAGCUUGUCUGGAGACUGGAGAUUGCUCCAACCGUAGACGGAGAACUGAUCCCAAGACGUCCCGAGUUCCUAAUAAGCCGAGAGAAUACGCAUUUCUACAACCCUAUGCCAGAUAUAGACUUCAUGGCGGGGGCCAAUAACGCCGAGGGCAGUCUCGUCUUUUGGCCACUCCGGAACUUCCAGCGGAAUUUGAACUUCAGUGUCAACGAAGGCAUCCCAACCAGAGUCCUUUGCAAAAAUAUAGCUCCAAGCUUGGCCAACGACUAUUACAACCGAUCUACGGAAAUCGCCGAAAGAAUGUGCAAUCUGUACUCCACUACCGGAGGCAUUGCAGAACAAGGUCGUAAUGUAGUGAAUCUAUACGGAGAUAUGAUGUUCGUCGCGCCUACUGUCAUGUCAACCAUCAUGCACGCUCGCAACAAGAAUGGCCGCUCCACCUACCUGUAUCUGUUCUCGCAGCAGCCCCGCCCUACCGCCUCACCGAGGUGGUUUGUGGGGGCCGGGCAUGGAGCUGAACUGGCGUAUGUGUUUGGGAGACGGGUCAUCAACCCGGCUCUGUCGCUACAGAUGAUGAAGUACUGGUCCAACUUCGCCAAAUUUGGUAAUCCUAACGGCUCCCCCGAGUCUGAGCGGCUUCAGUGGGAACAGUUCGACGUCCCCAGGAAAGACUACGUUAACCUCGGACCCACUAUUCAAGCUCUGCGGGAUCUUUGGCCAGAUAGAAUGAGGUUCUGGAAUUCCUUCGUCCCAGAGGCAUUGGAUCGCUUCCCACGCAAUGCUGACACCCCGACCACCACUGACCCUAAUUUCUGGUCAACUAACAGAGGUCAAGGUCAAGGUCAAAACGACAAAGGUCGAGGUCAAGAGCAAGGUCGAUCUCCGGCAACUGCGUCAAGCACGUCUGGGACCAUCAGAUAUUUGGGCAAUGACAUUGCAUAUCCCAGGAACCCUAGAAUCUACAUGAGUCCCAACGUACGUCUAUUCAGACCAAGAGUCGGUGUGGCAAAUCCCUCAAAACAUUCGUUGAAUCCACGCACACACGCGACUAAUUCAGAGAUACAUGUAUUGAAUCCUCGAGGACAUACAUGGAAUCCUAGAGGACAUGGUGUCGACUCCAGGGGAUAUUCACACCAUCGCGAAGGACAUAUUGAGUAUCCAAUUGGGGCCGAAUUGAAACCCAGUGGACACGUGUCGAUCCAGUACUCAAUCCAUGUUUCUGGACAAUGAAUUUCCUAUGUAUUCUUGUCAAAUGCUGUUUCCCUGAGGACGAAUAAAUAACUUGUAAUUCAGACGUAAUAGUUGUCCCUUUCUUUCGAGGGGGCACGGGUGGCCCAAUCGUCUAAGGCGCCGCGAUACGUUGUGCAGAGUUGCGUCCCUUGGGUACGCCAGAAUCCUAUGAUUGUGGGUUCGAAUCCAGGUUCACCCCAAUUAUGUUUCUAGGUUUGUCAGCACCAUAUCCGUGCUCGUGGGUUUCACUGAAGUGGUAAACGUCUGAGACCUGCAUCACUUCGGGCUUUCUUCCCACAUUAAGCUGACACGCGGCGAUAUAACUGGAAUACUGUUAAAAGCGGCGCUAAACCCAACUCACUCACUCACUCCCUUUCUUUCGCUAAUUGCCCUUCAUACGAUUAUUUUCGACCGAGACUUUAAAAGGAAAUUUAAAACCCUUGAUAUAGGAGAGGAAUACCAAAAUGUCUUUCUUCACAAUUAUAUAUGGGUUGUCGAAAACAUCUCCCUCGUUUAAUAUUUCAUGAUAAAUAGUCACAAGGAAAACAACAUGUCUUGAUAACAUUGUUUUUUUCUCGAUGGACAAUAAUUCAUAGCAAUAUUUCAGAAUAGAUAUCUUGUUCGGGUAUUAUGGCUUGUUGAGGGAUCGUUAUAUCGAGUGAUGGCCUGGAUUCGCCACGUGUUCCGCAUUUUCGAGGGAUAUGUCACAUUUCUAUAGUGAAUCAAAUAUAUUCGCCGAAACAUCAAAAGCAAGGAUGUAAAUAUGGACUACAAAAAGCAAUAUACAUAAUGGGUCAAACUACACGUAGUGAUCUCCUAGCAUUGUCUGGAACUCAUGUUGCCAAUAUUCCUGUCAACCUCGUCACACCAGCUUCAAAGUGAAUGACGUCAUGUCCGUUCAUUUUACAAAAAAAGAUUUUCCUUUAUAUCAUUUUUUUAUAUGUAAAUUGGAACUGUAAUAAUAUCAUGUGUAUUUUGAUAUACGUGUCGUCAUAUACCCUAAUAAGUUUUUUUAUGAUCUCCGAAUGUAAUAAUCAAGUGUGUCCAUCUGUAUAAAGUCAUAUACUAUGUAAUCAUAUUGAUGUAUACUAAACAAAAAGUUGAGGGAGCAGGAAUAUGUUUGUGUAGUGAAAACUGAGUUUAUUUAAAUGUGUACGGUAUAUACCGUAUUCGACGUAUUAAGCGCCCAGGGAGCUCUGAAAAUUAGAAAUAGGGGGCUCUUAUUAGAAUAUUAUUUUGGUGGAAA